AUGACAGCCGCUACUGUACAAACAAUCGAUGUUCCCAUUUAUACUCCGAUUUCCAACUCGAAUAGAGCUCACCAGUUUGUUCAAUUAAGUAACGGAAUCACGGCAUUAUUGAUUUCGGAUCCCGGUGAAUCGUUUGCAUCGCUAUGCGCUUCAGUUGCAACCGGUUCCCAUAACGAUCCUGAUGAGGUACCAGGUUUAGCUCAUCUUUGCGAACACAUGAUUAUAAGUUCUGAGUCUAAAAAAUUCCCCAAAAGGAGUCAUUAUCAUGAUUUAUUGAUUGAAUACAAUGGUAAUCAGAACGCUUUCACUACAGGUGAACAAACGAGUUUUUAUUUCGAGAUUCCAAAUUCAAAUAAUAAAACCGGUAAACCUAUAUUUGAUGAAUUGGUUGGUGUCAUUGCUGACAAGCUGGGUUCACCAAUUUUUCAAAGUGCAGAUAUUAACAAAGAGAUCCAAGCCAUAGAUAAUGAACAUGAGAACAAUAAGAAUUUGGUUUCGAAAGCUCUGUAUCAUGGUACCAAAAAAUUGGCAACGCAAAGAUCCAAGUUCAGUCGGUUUUCCACUGGAAACAUCUACACUCUGACUCAGUUUCCUAUUGUUGCUGGUAAGAUAAUAAAUCUAAAGAAUGUUCUGCAGAAACACUAUGCGGAUAAUUUUGUUGCAGAAAACAUCAGUAUAGUCAUUAGAGGAUCACAGUCCUUGCAUUAUUUGAAGAAGCUGGUUCAAACUACUUUUGGAGACUUUCGUACCAAGUCCACUAUCAAAUCACAGUCUUUCUCCAUUGAGUCUUUCAAGAAAUUGCAGAAAGUCUGGGCGGCCAGAUAUACAGAACCGUUGUUCAGUAAACAAGAACCAGAGACUCCGAAUUCAAUACUGAUACAGUCCUCCAAAGCACCUAUACUUCGCUUAGUGUUCCCAGUAUCUCACCAAGAGGCCCUGUUUAGUAGAUCUGAACUGAAAAUAUUCUCCAAGGUUUGGUCUGAUUUGUUUGGUGACGAAAGUUCAGGGUCGAUUCAUAGUAAGUUUAGCGCUCGAAACAUAUUAACCAGACAGGUGACACAGUUAUCUAAGUUUACAAUUGACGAUGAAGGAUUGGUGCUACAAUUUGAAUUAACUAAUAGUGGAUGGAAGACAGGGGUAGAAAGUUUACUUACCGAUUUAUUCCAGGGUUUCUUGCCCUUUUUCCAAUCAAUAGAUCCAGAUGAGAUAGCGCAAUAUUUGAACGAAUGGAAUACCAUAAAUUUGCUUCAAUUUAUGUACCAGGAUCUGGAUAAUUCUACUAUGGAUAAAUGUUCAGAUUUGUGCUCUGAACUACUGCAGUGUGAAGACCCACAGUUUAUUUUGAAUAACAGUAUUGCCUUCUCAUGCAAUCGAAAAGGUUCCGAUAUCGGUAGCUAUUAUGAGAGCCCAAAAUCGAAAGAAUGGUGGAACUCUCAAGCUAAGAAGUUCCUAUCAUUUGUAAAAACCUACAUGAGUUGGAAUAACUGUAAGCUUAUCUUUUUAGGUGACUUACAAUCAAAUGAUUUCCUUAAAUCGAGGCAGGUUCCAACGAACGUUAAAUUUGAUGAGCAUUACAGAUUUCAGUAUGAGUUAAGCCUGAUAAAAUUGAAUCACGUCAAGAUGUCGCCAAAGGACUUCCGGCUCCCUAGCUCUACUGCUUUUUUGUUUGGUCUAGAAAAGAAUCUAUCUGCAUUGAAACAGUCUCUAACGGCUGUUCUUCGCAAAUCUCAAGGCUCGGCACUCUCUAUCAUAACGCAAUCUAAAUUGUUACAAACGACACCUCGACUUAUGAGCAAAAACGAAAAUUACGAACUCUGGGUGAAGGAAGAAAACUCAUUAGAAUAUAGCUCGAGAUCAGUGAUUACUAUAGAACUCAUCAAUAUGGGUAUGGAACCCUCAGCCAAGAAUACCAUGAAUCUUGAAAUUCUGACGCAGCUACUAUAUUUCUAUAUCAACGAGUCUUUAUACCCUUCUGAACGUGUCGGAUAUAUGUAUCAGAUAGCUGCAAACAAUAGGGGUGAUGUUCGAUUAGCUGUUACAAUAAAUGGGUUCCCACAAGGUGUGGCCAUGAUCUUGCAAAUAAUCAUGGAUAAAAUGGUGGAUAUUGGCAAACCUGAUUUUGACAUUACAAACAGCAUGUUUAGACACAGUAGAAUCCUUGUGCGUACUAAAUACGAGGAAGCAGCAAGAGCAAAUUCAUGUACGCUGGCAUCAUUAGGGGUGUUGAUCCUUUUAGAGAAGGAGUUAACAACGUUGGAAGAACGAUUGGAUGCGUUAGAAGAUAUUGACAUUGAGUCCUUCAAAAUGUUCUGUAAGGACCUAUGGAUCCCCAAGUCUAAUUACAUGAACCUCGUCAUCCAGGGGGAUCUCUCGAUUGCUGAAACGGUGAAUCAGUAUAUGGAUGGUAUAAUUCAUCACUUGUCUGGCCCAAACGUGAAUCAAACCUCGGUGUUCCGAUUAAGAGAGCCCGAAACAAUUAAACUGGCACAAGGCAGCAAUUUUUUCAUCGAGAUGACCAGCUUCAAAGAGGAUCCAACAAACAGUGUUGUAUAUUUCAUUGAGACUGGUGAUAGAACGAACCCAGUAGAUUACACUAUGAGUAGUCUUUUCGAAUACUUCAUGUCCAUGACACUUGUGCCAGAUUUACGAAACAAGAAACAGAUCGGAUACGUGGUACUUGGAGGACUGAGGCUUUUAACAGACACGUUAGGUAUACAUAUCUCGGUAAUGUCCAACCUACCGCCACAUACCAUCGAAGACAGAAUUGAGGAAUAUCUAUACUACCUUGAAACCAACGUACUAGGUGCGAUGACAGAAGCUGAGUUUCAAGAUAAUAUUCUGCAAAAAUACAUGCAGUUGAUUAAAUCCAAUUCCUUGGAAAAAUUAAUCAAGAACGCCGGACCAGCAAACCUUAUGGCGCAAAUUGAGGCCAGUGUGCACAGUGGUAAUUACCCCUCAAACCUGCAAUCACAAGGGUAUACCGUAGGUCAACACAAGAAAUUGAAAGAUGAAAUAAGUUUCCGUACCUACGCGUUCUCUGAAACCAAAGUCGAUGUCUGUUUGUUAUCGAAAUUGACUUUGCAAGAAUUCAAACGGCUCUUCAUGGAGAAAAUUUCAAUUUUAUCCUUACAAAGACGUAAGCUCUCUGUAAGGUUCAAGACACCGAUGACAAAACCCGAUAUUGGAAUCAGCAUGAUGACAAUGCAAUUGGACGGGUUUUUGAAAUCGAAAGGAUUCCACAUAACACGAGACGAGCUACAAGAAAUCGUUACUAAGACAGCUGGGAAGCCAACAUCUUUAUUCAAGGAAUUAUUUCAUCAUUUUAGAACGCAAGGCCAGUCUCUACGUCUUUGUACCCUUGUCCUAAAGGAGAUCGUAAAACAAAUACUGGCAGUGACUCCAUCUUCCUCUUCUUCUUCCAAUACAAAAUUGACACAAAACAUUAAGACACAAAUUCCAACGGAAAUUCAAUCAAUUGCUUCCUUCAAGAUGGAAUUGACCGUGAACAUUUGA